AGAUCAGGAACAGAUCCUGGCAUUGGUCUGGUUCAUGCCCCAUUUGCCCUAUUGCCCAUGCCAUUUCCAAAAGGUCACUGGAGGCAAGCAUGUGAGUUAGCUCCCAUUUUCAAUGAGCUUGUAGAUCGUGUGAGCUUGGAUGGAAAAUUUUUGCAAGAUUCUUUAUCAAGAACAAAGGAGGUGGAUGCCUUUACUAGUAGACUCUUAGAUAUCCAUUCAAAGAUUCUUGAAACAAAUAAAACAGAGGACAUUCGUUUGGGAUUGCACCGGUCAGAUUAUAUGCUGGAUGCCGAAGCUAACCUACUUUUUCAAAUAGAGCUAAAUACCAUUUCAUCCUCAUUUCCUGGUCUUAGUUGCUUAGUAAGCGAGCUUCACAGGAAUUUAAUUAACCACUAUGGGAAAGACCUAGAAUUAGAUUCAAGAAGAGUUCCUGGAAAUACAGCCGUUAGUCGAUAUGCAGAGGCAUUAGCUAAAGCAUGGAAUGAGUAUAACAAUAGCAGUGCUGUAGUAAUGGUUGUCGUUCAAACUGAAGAGCACAAUAUGUAUGACCAACAUUGGCUCUGCACGCUGUUGAGGGAGAUUCAUGGUGUGGCUAGUGUUCGCAAAACUUUGGCAGAAAUAGAUGCAGAAGGGCAGGUUCUACCUGAUGGAAAUCUCCUUGUAGGUGGCCAAACAGUUGCUGUGGUCUAUUUCAGGGCUGGCUAUUCACCGAAUGAUUAUCCUUCGCAAUCAGAAUGGAGAGCAAGGCUUUUGAUGGAACAAUCUAAUGCCAUUAAGUGCCCAUCAAUAUCCUACCAUUUGGUGGGGACCAAGAAGAUCCAACAAGAACUGGCAAAACCAAAUGUGCUUGAAAGGUUUCUUGAGAAUGAAGAUGAUAUUGCAAAACUGCGGAAAUGUUUUGCAGGGUUGUGGAAUUUGGAAAAUGCAGAUGCUGUGAAGUCUGCUAUGGAAAGACCUGAGUUCUUUGUGCUCAAACCCCAACGAGAAGGCGGAGGGAACAACAUUUAUGGUGACAAUAUAAGGGAAACACUGAUUAGGCUGCAGCAGGAUGGGAGUGAACAAGCUGCUGCAUAUAUUCUGAUGCAAAGGAUCUUUCCAAAAGCUUCUCUUGCUUAUCUGGUCCGGAAAGGUAUUUGUCGUCAGGACCAUGCCAUAUCAGAACUUGGAAUAUACGGUGCCUAUUUACGAAACAAAGAUAAGGCGAUCAUGAAUGAUCAAUGUGGUUACCUGAUGCGGACCAAGGUUUCUUCAUCAAAUGAAGGUGGGGUUGCUGCUGGUUUUGCAGUCUUGGAUAGCAUCUAUCUAACUUGACAAAGCAUUUCUACUGAGCUGCUGCAGGUUAUUAUUGCCUGGGGGGUGGUAGACGGUUCCUUGGACAUUUCAGGAUCUAAAAGUAACGAGAAGGAAUUAUUUAUCAUCUAUGCAUAACGUACAACGUUUAAUUCUUACAGAAACACUUUGUUUUUUCUCUUGAUUUCCUUCAAAAGAAAAUGCAUUGGUAUAUGCUCUAUCAGAGAUUGUGUGGAGCAAAAUAUUUAUAUAACCAUCUCUCGGACACACAAGGUUAUGUUGUGUACUAACAAUUGUGAUGCAAGUGUUGUCUAUUGGCAAUGUCCAACAGCUAUUGUGGAAAUUAAACAAUUCUGAGCCAAUUCUAUGGUUGUGUUUAUGUCAUUUCUUGAUAGUA